AUGGCUCCUGCAUACCAAGCUGGCGACAACGUCGUCUUUCUGUACCAUUGUCUCGCAAAUGCCGCUGGAAAGAUCGACUGGAAUGCUGUGGCCAUCGCGACAGGAUCGACUAGGGCAGCAGUGGAGGUUCGCUGGAGGCGACUCAAGAAGAAGAUUGACGGCGACAUAGGCGCCGCACAACCAGCUACUGCAACACCUGCCCUUUCAGCUACCGCACCACCUCCGCAACCUGCUCAAGGACUGAAGGCAGGUCAGGGAAAGAAGAAGACCGCCGCAAGCCGCAAGCGCAAGAUCGAAGCUGUCGAGGAUGGAGACGACGAAGACGACGCAGAUGCCGCAGGACCUCCUCAAGUCGACGGCCAGAUUGACUUCAAGCCGUCUUCGUCUCGCCGCCGCACCAGGGGAAAGAAGUUGAAUUUUGACAUCAAGGCUUUCUUGGACAGUGAUGUUGAUUCUAGCGCCAUUCUGUCUUCAGGAGGAGAUGAGGACUAUGUUGCUGAUGUCAAAGUGAUCAAGUCAGAAGACGACGAUUCGCUUAUUUCCAGCCCGAGGGAUGAUCGGAAGGCGAAGGCGAAAGCGAAGCGGAUCAAGAAAUCGCAGCCAUUGUCCACCAAAGCGGCAGCACCCGUGAAACCGAAUGAAGUUCGACCAAAUCUCCCUGCUGUAUCCAAAGGAAACACUCAGUCCAGCAUGCAUCCCUCUGACAGACCACUUCCAAGCAUCGAGUACUCUCCGCCAGCUACUCCAUUGAGUGGUGUCUUCAUGGACGGGCAGCAAGGACUUGUCAAUGCCGACAGCGAAAUCACUCUGGAGAGCCUGAAACCCGGGAUGAUAAUCACGCUGCCUCCAAAAGGCCGGGCCCAUAUUUCCAAGAGCACCCCCGACGACACUGUGACCAUGCGAGAGUCGUCAUUCUCUCUUAUCUCGGCCUCGUCCGUAUCUGCCACGAGAUUUUCCACGGCUACAGACUCUGUCAACCAGAUGCUUCAACAGGAGCUAGCUAAUCAUGUCGAAAUCCGACCCGAGGACAGUGCCUCCAACGUUGCUGGUCAUGCAGAAGAAGACUCGACCCCUGCGAGGGAUGUGCCCACAGGUAAGGUUUGA